AUGGCCGAGCUGUUUGCCCCACGUAUCAGAGAACGAGGAUCGAUUACAGCCGAUCAGGCUCUCGUCCAUAUGAUCAAGGUUAUGAAUGGGCAACUCGGUUAUGUAUGUUAUCGCUGCCCAUUGGCAUUCAAGAACUCUGGAUUAUGGUACGGUAUAUUUCCCAGAAAAGCCCGACCACGAUUAGAUUACGCGAAUGUGAUGCGCUCAGCUGUUGAGAUUGGCCCACCGUGGAUACGAGAUCAUGGUUAUUUCUGGAAGCAAGUUGUCAACACGAACAUGUUCAUGGCGCAAUUCGGUUUUUGUUGCGUGUAUUUUGUUUUCAUGGCGGAUAACCUGAAACAGUUCUUCGACCAAACCUCACAAAUCCAUAUUUCACAAGCUGGAUGGAUUGCUCUGCUAAUUGUUCCAAUCAUGGCGCUCUGCACAAUCAGAGAAUUGAAGGCGUUGGCUCCACCAGCAGCUAUAGCAAAUGUCGUCUAUCUGAUAGCGGUCUGCAUCGUACUGCAGCAGCUCUUCCAAUACGAUCGUCCCUCCAGUUCACUACCAGCUGUCGCCAACUGGACAACACUGCCGCUUUUCUUCGGCACCGUCAUGUUCGCUUUCGAAGGAGUCGCCGUGGUAAGUGUGCAUUUCGCUUCAUAG